UGACGAUACAAAACAUUUAAAUGGUGAUUUUUUUCCUCUUAUUUUCUCAACUUUCAUCUUUUCAUCUCAAAUAUUAUUGUUUUUAUUAAAUAGCUCUUUUAUAAUCAUGUUUUAUCUACUGAAUUCAGUUAUUCCUAAUCGCCGUAAAUUAUCAGCGACUUCUAAUGAUGUGUCAAUCACAAUAAUAGGCUAUAUUUUAGGAAAAGUCCAUUCUCCAUGCGUCUUAAUAACAUCCAGGAAUACUACCAUCUUGUCUUUAAAGAAAAUAUUCGUGUAUUAUCAUAAUGAGCUUGAUGCAGACAAGGAUCUUAAUAUUGACGUUACUGCAAACAAGAUAUCGAUUGCAAACAAGCAUUUCUCCAUCCAUAAACCAAAAAUCGGUACCAAAUUUGGUUCUCUUUGCGACAACAUUAAUAUAGAUCAGCUAAGUAAAAAUAAAAAUGAACUGACGCUUUAUAUUAUGAUUCAACCAUGUCCAGCGUACAUUUUACACCCGCUUGUAUAUCCGGUGAACUUUCAGGACAAAAUGAAGUUUGAGAUACUUGUUUAUUAUAUUAUUAUGGGGAAAACUGAAAAGAAAUUUAUAAGGGGCUGUACAAAGGACACUACACUGGAGGAGCUGAUUAAAGGUGUAAAAAUAACUAAACAAAUAAAUGUAUAUUUUUCAGUGGUCAAGCCUAUGGUGACAGGAUUCACUUAUUACAACAAAAAAUGUAAAUUGGGAUCAAUCAUGCACGAAGGUAUUGGUAAUUUUAUUUAUGUUUUAUUUUCUUUUGAGACAAAAACUGAAUGGGCACAGAAAUAGUAUGUUGAUAAAUACAUUUAUUAAUUAGUUAAUUAAUUAUUGUCUGCUACAUUUGGAGCCUUUAAGCAAAAUAAUAAAAUAUAUUUAUGUAGGAUGUACUGGAUUCACAAAAUCCAAACACAUUUUUUAACCAGCAUAUGUGGGCUAAAUCCAUACAUCUGCUGGUGAGGAGAUGUUGAUAUUAGUUUCUUUAGCUUUAUUUAUACCUUUAUUACCUAUUAAUAAAUUAUAAUAAAA